GUUUACAGACCUAUACAUCAGGUACAUACCAUGUACCUGUGACGCAGCUCUGCACCAGUCAAGUCGGUAAACCACGUGACCGCCGGCCACUUCUUUCCGGGAUCACAACAGCGUCUACGCCCACUAAAUUACUGUGCAGCUGUUUUCAUGUUUUCCCUGGAAGCAGCAGUUUAACCACGGUCUGAACGUCAUCCAGGAUCAGACCCGAGCUGCCUGCCUGUCUCCCGCCGCUGCUGCGUCUCACAGGGACGAGAAACACACACAUACGAGGUUUCCUGGUGCCACCAACAGACCUUCUGCUCUCUGCAGUGUUUAGUUCAGACCAUGUCGAAGAAAGGAGGAAACCAUGGGCCCGAGUUCGAGGGGCUGGUGGAGGCGUCCAUCAUCCGGAUCCCACCUCAUCAUUACAUCCAUGUACUGGACCAGAACACCAACAUCGCCCGGGUGGAGAUUGGACCGCUCACCUACAUCCGCCAGGACAACGAGAGAGUGCUCUUCCCACCUGUUCGUAUGAUCAUGGUGCCGCCCCGUCACUACUGCGUUGUCCUCAACCCCGUGUCCCGCGACGACAACGGUCAGGUCCUCUUUGACCAAUCAGGUCAGGCCAAGCUCCGCCACGCCGACCUGGAGAUCCGUCUGACCCAGGAUCCGUUCCCCCUGUACCCCGGAGAGGAGGUCCAGCAGGACGUGACGCCGCUGCAGAUCGUGUACCCGGACACGGCUCUGCGUCUGCAGGCGCUGCUGGACUUCGAGGAGGAGGGAGGAGACAAGAGGGUGGCCGGAGACGAGUGGCUGUUCGAAGGACCAGGGACCUACAUCCCCAGGAAGGAGGUGGCUGUGCUGGAGACCAUCAAGGCCACGGUGAUCCGAGAGAACCAGGCCAUCAGACUGAGAGCUCGCAAGGAGGGAGUGGACAGAGGAGGAGUCCGCCGGGUCACAGGUGAGGAGUGGCUGGUCAGUAAGGUGGGAGCGUACCUCCCAGGAGCUCAUGAAGAAGUCAUUGACAUCGUGAACGCUUUCAUCCUGACUGACAAGAAAGCGCUUCACGUUCGCGCUCUCCGUCCCUUCAAAGAUGCCGGCGGGCGGGACCGUCGCACCGGGGAGGAGUGGCUGGUCACCAUGGCCGACAGGGAGGCUCACAUCCCCUCUGUGGCGGAGGAGGUGGUGGGGGUGGUGAAUGUGACCACUCUGAGCAGCAGGCAGUACUGUGUGGUCCAGGACCCGGUCGGACCGGACGGGAAGCCGCAGCUGGGCCAGAAGAGGGUGGUGAAGGGUGAGCGCUCGUUUUUCCUACAGCCCGGGGAGCACCUUGAACACGGCAUCCAGGACGUUUACGUGCUGUCGGAGGAGGAGGGUCUGGUGCUGAGAGCUGUGGAGGCGUUCAACGACACCGAGCAGCGCGAGGAGGAGGAGGAAGAGGAGGAGGAGCAGAUGCAGGAGAGGGCCAAGCGCUCUCGGAGGAGCGGGGUCCUCCGUCGCCCUGGAGACCGCUGGAUGCUGCGCGGCCCCAUCGAGUACGUCCCCCCCGCCACCGUGGAGGUGAUGCUGAGGCGCCAGGCCAUCCCGCUGGACGAGAACGAGGGCAUCUACGUCCGAGACAUCAAGACUGGAAAGGUGCGUGCGGUGAUUGGCCACACCUACAUGCUGACUCAGGACGAGGAGCUGUGGCAGAAGGAGCUUCCUUCUAACGUGGAGGCGCUGCUGGCGUCUCCUCUCGACCCGCUGGCCAACCGCUCGGACCGCACCGCGACCGGAGACAGCCGGCCCCGGGACAAGACCCGGGUCGUGUCCUACAGGGUCCCCCACAACGCCGCAGUCCAGGUGUACGACUACCGGGAGAAGAAAGCCAGGGUGGUGUUCGGUCCAGAGAUGGUGAUGCUGGGACCUGACGAGCAGUUCACCGUGCUGUCGCUGUCCGGAGACAAACCGAAGAGAGCCAACGUCAUCAAGGCCGUCUGCCUCCUGCUGGGGCCCGACUUCUUCACCGACAUCAUCACCAUAGAGACGGCCGACCACGCCCGCCUGCAGCUGCAGCUGUCCUACAACUGGCACUUCGAUGUGAAGUCUCCAGUGGACUCUGCUGUUGCAGCCUCUCUCUUCUCAGUCCCGGACUUCGUGGGAGACGCCUGUAAAGCCAUCGCCUCCCGGGUCAGAGGAGCCGUCGCCUCCGUGCAGUUCGAUGAUUUCCACAAGAACUCGAACCGGAUCAUCUGCUCGGCGGUGUUUGGCUUCGACGAGAAGAUGGCGGUGCGUCCGAGUCUUCGCUUCAACCAGAACAACCUGGUGAUCAGCAGCGUGGACAUCCAGUCUGUGGAGCCCGUCGACCAGAGGACACGAGACGCCCUGCAGAAGAGUGUGCAGCUCGCCAUCGAGAUCACCACCAACUCCCAGGAGGCCGCCGCACGACACGAGGCGGAGCGUCUGGAGCAGGAGGCCCGGGGCAAGCUGGAGAGACAGAGGAUCACCGACCAGGCCGAGGCCGAGAGAGCCAGGAAGGAGCUGCUGGAGCUGGAGGCUCUCAGUGCUGCGGUGGAGAGCACAGGAGCUGCGAAGGCCGAGGCUCAGUCUCGGGCGGAGGCGGCUCGUAUCCAGGGAGAGGCGGCGGUCAACGAGGCCAAACUGAAGGCUGAGGCUCAGAGGAUCGAGGCGGAGGCGGAGCUGCAGCGGCUGGCGAAGGCUCGUGAGCAGGAGCUGGGCUACAAGAAGGAGAUGGACCGACUGGAGGUGGAGAAGCAGGAGCGUCUGGCUCAGAUCGAGAGUCAGAAGUUCGGUCAGCUGGUGGAGAGUCUGGGCAGCGACACGCUCAAGGAGAUGGCCAGAGCCGGGCCGGAGCUGCAGGUCAAGAUGCUCCAGGCUCUGGGGCUGAAGUCCACCCUCAUCACAGACGGGUCGUCGCCCAUCAACCUCUUCACCACAGCCAACGGCCUGCUGGGGGCGCUGCAGGGACCGGGCCAGAGCCAGUGAAGUGGAGGAGAAGAAGCAGAUGAAGAAAUGGAAAUGUCCAAAAGUAAACCUCAACAGAUGCUGAUGACACUGACGACACUGUCAUCUGACACACGCACACUUCGGUCACAUGAGUUUCUGAGGCCGAUGUUAAAGCAAUUAAACUUCUGCAGAUAAAGAUUUACUUCAUGGGUUUGUUACAGAGCCACUAAAAUGUCCAGCUACACCUCUGUAGAGGUUGGCAGACUCAACUUCGAGUCAUCCCCGUGUGGCACUAUAAUAAAACCAGAGAGCGCAUCUUUAAUCUUUAAAAUCAACCUUUGCACAAAGUCUGGAGGUUCCCCCAGAUUUUAGGGGGAAAUAAAACGGCCUGGGAGAAUCACUGUACAUGGAGAUUGCAACAGUACAUUCUGUCCAGUGUGUUAACAGCUUUACAAACAUAGAUGUUCAAUACAAUAGUGAUUAUUAAACCUUUUACUGAGCAACUUUCAUUGUACGAGAAUUUGUUGUGGGUGACAGACUGUUUAUAUGAUGGAUAUUUUAGGUGUGUAAAACACUUCUGGAAUCAACGUCCUGUUCAUUGUCAGACGAUGGAAAACGUGACAGUUUGGGUCAGGAAGAUGAGUUUCUGACACAAUGUCUGUAAAUAAUCUAAAACUCUGGUUGUACAUCAGCCUUUGUAAACCUGUGAAGAAGUCUCAUUUCAAGUAGUUUAUAUUCUUUCAUUUCUUUACUUCAAUUCACAAACUCAAACUUUUUCUGACCCUUUUUUAAUCCCAUUGUUUCAAACAUCUGGACAGGAGAUGAACAACUGUGUUAAAACAUCUGGUUCUUUGAUACGAAGUCAGAAUUUUAAGCUCUGUGAUUGGAUAUUUUUCAGUGAAAUGCACCCUGGGAGUUGUAGUUGACCUCUCUCCUUGUGGCUUUGGAUUUUUAAUCGGAGAACCAGAUGUUUGCUGACACAGAUGUUCAUGUUUUGUCCUCCAGCUGUGACUCAUGUAACACUGACACAUUUAAUGUAAAACACCUUCCUCUUCACAACUCUGUGAUGACGAUGACACGUUAAAGCUUCCACUGACAAACUGACAAAAUCAAAUGAACUGCUUCCUGUUUAAUGAACUGUAAAUGUUUCUGCUGACCUCCAGUGGCUGAAGUGAAGACAUGAAAUAGAACUCACCUGUAAUCACACCAACAUGACUUUAGGUGUGAUUACAGGUGAAACCUUCAACCAGAGGAGCUCAGUAGAACAGUCUUUAUCAGUCUGAUGUUGUGUUACUCUGUCAAGAUGCUGUUUCUUUAACUAUAGGUUCUUCUCUUAGGGGAACUGAGAUUCAGAGGUUUACUUUUGGACAGGUGACUUGUGUCUGUGAAAGAAUCUGUACUGCUAAGGAAGAAGAAUUGUGCCUACAAACAAACAAACUUAACAGUUUGCUUAGUUGUGUAACCUGACAACCGAAGAAUUCUGCAUCUGCUUUGCACUAUGUCCGCUAAAAGUAGAAAUGCUGAAAUGCAGAAAAUGCUGAUGUUUACAUAUUCAAUAUUAAACCUUUCUGUUUCUGUUGAAAUAAGAUGAAUGUUGUUGAUCUGCCUUCCUCUGCCUAAAAAAGUUCUGUUGUUACUGCAGAAAAAAACUGUGUGAAGCCAUUAAAGUGCUGCUG